AUGGCGGAGAGGGUGCCUUUGAUUUUCUUCCUUACACAUCUUUUAUCAUCGGGAGUGUUGUCAAUGAGUAUACUUACCAUAGAGAACAAAUGCAAUAACACAGUUUGGCCAGUUCUCUACUCAUGGCAGUCACAGGUCUCCACCACCGGCUUCACUCUUAGAAGCGGGGAAACGCGUGCCCUAUUCGCGCCGUCCUCGUGGGAUGGUCUUAUCUCGGGUAGAACUCUAUGCUCCACGGACUCAACAGGAAAAUUCUCUUGCCUCACAGGCGAUUGUGAAUCUGGAGCAAUCAAGUGUCCUGGUAGAUACGGUUGGUCACCAGUGACAUAUGUCUACUUUAAAAUCGAUAAAGGCGGAAUCAACAGCUACUUUAUAAGUGUCAACUACGGUUACAACCUUCCGUUAAUGGUCGUCCCGUCGUCACAGAGUAGCCGGACAUGUAUCAGCUCAAGAUGUGUGGUUGACUUGGACAAGACUUGUCCGAAUGACCUUAAGAAACUCGUCGGAGGGAAACCAAUCGCGUGCACUAGCGCGUGCCACAAAUACAAGACAGAUGAGAACUGUUGCAAGGGUGACUUCAAGUCAAAGCAAAAAUGCAAGCCGACAGUUUACACGCAGAACUUCGAGCACGCUUGCCCGUCCGCGUUUAGCUACGACUAUGACGAUAGUAACAGCACCUUCAUAUGCCCUAACUCAACUGACUUCGUCAUAACGUUUUGCCCAUCCUCCAAUAUUCCCAAAAAUACCAGGUAA